AUGCAUGGUGACAAAGGGCCGUACGUGGUGACAAAGGGCCGUACGCAGCGAGAAAGGGCCAUACGUGGUGACAAAGGGCCGUACGUGGUGACAAAGGGCCGUACGCGGCGAGAAAGGGCCAUAUGCAGCGAGAAAGGGCCGUACAUGAGGGAGCUGAAGGAGCAGCUCCAAGCGCUUCAGGACAGCGAGCGCGGCCACACCGAGGCCCUGAACCUGCUCAAGCGGCAGCUGGCCGAGACCAAGGGAAAGAUCCAUGAAACAAACCUCACCUACGAAGACUUUCCAACCUCCAAGUACAUGGGCCCCCUGCAGUACACGAUCUGGAAAUCGCUCUUCCAGGACAUCCAUCCCGGUAAGGGGCCACAGCGCCUGCGCCCUGGAGUGCUCCAGGGAAAGAUCCAUGAAACAAACCUCACCUACGAAGACUUUCCAACCUCCAAGUACAUGGGCCCCCUGCAGUACACGAUCUGGAAAUCGCUCUUCCAGGACAUCCAUCCCGUGCCGGCCGCCCUCACGCUGGACCCCGUCACCGCUCACCAGCGCCUCAUCCUCUCAGAUGACUGCACCAUCGUGGCCUACGGCAACUUGCACCCGCAGCCGCUGCAGGACUCGCCCAAGCGCUUUGACGUGGAGGUGUCGGUGCUGGGCGCGGAGGCCUUCGGCAGCGGCGUGCACUACUGGGAGGUGGUGGUCUCCGAAAAGACCCAGUGGAUGAUCGGGCUGGCGCACGAAGCUGUCACCCGCAAGGGGAGCAUUCAGAUCCAGCCCAGCCGGGGCUUCUACUGCAUCGUCAUGCACGACGGCAACCAGUACAGCGCCUGCACCGAGCCGUGGACCCGGCUGAACGUCAAGAGCAAGCUGGAGAAAGUCGGCGUCUUCUUGGACUACGACAAAGGGCUCCUGAUCUUCUACAACGCCGACGACAUGGCGUGGCUCUACACCUUCCGGGAGAAGUUCCCCGGCAAGCUCUGCUCCUACUUCAGCCCCGGCCAGAGCCACGCCAAUGGCAAGAACGUGCAGCCGCUGCGCAUAAACACUGUCCGGAUCUAGGAGGGAGACGGGGGCUGGGCAGCCCUGCCAAGCUGGCAGCCUGAGUCCAGGCACCCGGCUAAGUCUUCCUGCGGAGACUGGAAGCCUCCAGGGCCGUGCCCACCUGCUGUUCUGUUCCUAGCUCGGACCUCCAGCUGUUACCCAUCUGGAAGGGGCAGGACUAGGGCAAGGGGGUUGUGGGCCAUACGCUGCCUGCCGUAAGGACUCGAGUCGGAGGAUUAGAUGUGGCUGGACCCGGCCCUGCUGCCCUCACACCCCGAGCUGCAUUCCAGGCAGUGGUGUUCAUUUCAUGCCCCUCCUGGGUCCACAUCGCCUCCCGGGACUAACUACCCUGCAGCCUGGCCUGGCUGCUCCCUGGGGGACAGGCGAGGGAAGCGUGAUGCUCCCCCAUUUGACGUUUCCAGUGGAAGUCUCUAACAAGCUACGGGAGAGCGGAGACCCCACCCGCAGGGCGCCAGCUGGCCUCCCUGUGCUGAGAGCUGGCCAGGGACUCCCCUCCUCCGGGAGUGACUCCCCUCCUCCGUACAUUGCAUGCAGCCUGGUGCGCGGGGCACGGCGUGUUGGUCCCGUCUUGGCCAGCUCUUGCUGGGAACGCGGCCCAGCUUGCAGACCAGGCUAAGAAACUAUUGGGAGGGAGCCCCCCAAGUGCAGCCCUAUCCCUGCACACUCCUCCUGCGGGUAGAGCCCUGAUGGGUGCAGCCUCUCGAGGGUACCCAGGCAAGCAGGCUCGGCCCCUCGGCGAGGUGGCUGCUCUGUUGACUGUGGAUGGGAGCUGCAGGGAGGAAUGUGAGGUGCUGGGGGCACAGUGUCCUGUAGCCUGGCAGGAGGGCAUCUCGGGGGGCCAGGUAUCCACAGGCCACCGUCCUGCCAGCCACGGUCAGUGAGUGGUAGGUGUCGGCCUUUCCUGGCCCCCCGCCCCUGGUCAGGCGCCCCCAGUGCUGGCGGGUUGCAUUUCCUGGAGCUGCGCCGGUACUGUGGGCUCCCUCUCCCCGAAGCUCAUGGAUUCUGUAUUGACGCUGGGCCCUAGCUCUGCAGCACUUGGUCUCAGCUGCAAUAAAGGCAAACAAAGGCCUGGAAACCUCUCUCGGCAGUGCAACUGCCCUAGCGGCUCCUGCCCACGUCCUGGGGCAGCUCGCCCAGCGGGCGGAAAUGCAGCCAGAGCUGCCGGGAGCUGCCACUUGCCCACCGUCCACGUGGGACUCUCCCCUUGGUUCACAACACCCUUCCCCUCCUGCCAUCAUACACGAGCCGGAUUCAGGGCUCUCCCCUUGGAUCAUAACACUCCUAUCCCUCCCCUUCAUCAUACAGGGGCCUGGUGCAGUUCUGGUGACGGGUGUGAUGGAUAAGGGGGGCAAGUUGGGCCCUGACUCAGUGGGUCAUACACAGGGAGGUUCACCCCAUGUAGGCAUGGGACCCGAGUCUCCCCUGCAUCACAGAAAGUUCCUGUUGGCCUCAACGAGCCAGCCAGGUGCCCAAGCUGCCUUGGCAAAUGGAGGCAGCUCCAUCUAGUGCCUUGCGGAUCCCCGCCCGCCUCCCAAGGAUGGAGUCUCCUCCCUCUUAUGCAGCACUGGCCUGGCUCCAGGAUUACAGACCAUGCAGCACUAGCUACGCACUCCCCUUCCCCCUCUUACCACUCGCCUUGCUGCUGGGGGCCUGCGGCGAGCCCUCGCCAGGCCAUGCACAAGUCUCCUCUAGCGGGAGCCACCGCAGGGCCAGCGGCUUUAAGAUUCGUUUGCUGGCGCUGCCAUGCCAUGCAGAAGCCCAGUUGCAUUGCAAAGCUGCUCUCAAGCCAGCUAGUGGGGGGUGGGAGCCCGCUUGUGCGCCUGCAAACAAGGAAGAAAACGGAUCCUGGGAGAACAAACAAUUUGCGCCACUAGACCAGCUGGAGCCACUAAUACAAGCUGGUGCAAAUCCAGAGGGACUCCACUCGGAACCGUUUCGCUCAAGUUUUUAUUUGGGGGUUAAAAUAACGUACAUGACGUGCUUUACAACAGCCAUCGUUUUUGAAAAAACUACCCCCCCCCUUUUUUAACUGAAAAAGCGGGUGGGGUGGGAAAUGGGGUGUUUUGUGAAGUUUGACGACGACAAAACGUUAAACAGAAACCUCCUGCCGCAGCUAUUUGAGGAUAGUUGACUCGCUCCACUGCUGCGGUGAGGGCAGAAUCAGGGCUGACGCCCGCACUGAGAUCACGGCAACGCUAGAAACUGCUGCCAGUAGCGGUGGGCAGGGAACCCAUUUCCUCUCAAGCACAAGCUUUGAGUGUGUCCCUAACAAGUCCCGUUCCGCGGGGGGCUGGCGCAGAGCCCUUCCAACGUGGUUCUCGAGCCCGGACGAGUCCAAGCGGUGGGGGGGUCGCAGUGGGAAGGGCGCCGUUCCACACACUCAGGUCCUGGGCGUGUUUCCUGCCCAGCUCUCCGGAGGGGCCUGAGUGUUAAUGACCGUUCUAUGCUGGCCAGCGGCUUUGUCUAGACACGGGCACACUGGGCAAGGGUGUUUGCUGGGGCCCAUGCUCCGGCUUACCAGCGCAGCCCCUUGUGUCUCCAUGGGGGCACUUUGCAGGCUGUAGGCACAAGCCAGGCUCCUCUGAAAUGAACCCUCAGGGAGAC